UUUCAACAGAUCUAUACAACGGAGAGAAAAAGACGCAACCCAACCCAAGACUAGCCACCAAACCCGAAAACAACACUAAAUCUAAGCAUUGCAAAAUGAUGCCCCACCCAAAAAGGAAAUAGUGACACGAAUGUAAGAAUUUCUGAAAACAAAAUAAAGGGUUAGGAUCUCGAUGAAUAUCGCCACACUCGAACACUUUUAGCCAACCCAAAGAAAUUCGUUCCGCGUUUCUCUCUCUUCGGAAAAUGGCAUCGGCGAUUGCUGCCCGGAGGCUUUACUCAUCUGUUGACAAGCCCAUCAAGCGUCUGAACAAUGGCGGCCCUACUUAUUACAUGUCAUCUUUGCCUGAUCAAGCAGAGUACGAGAAAAAAAGAUCUAAUGUCACGUGGCAAAAGCAACUAAAUUCUCCUCUGGAAGUGGUUGAUCCCGAGAUUGCUGAUAUUAUCGAGCUCGAAAAGGCCAGACAAUGGAAGGGACUUGAACUUAUUCCCUCAGAGAAUUUCACUUCUCUUUCUGUGAUGCAAGCCGUUGGCUCCGUUAUGACUAACAAGUACAGUGAAGGCUACCCUGGUGCUAGAUAUUAUGGUGGAAACGAAUACAUUGAUAUGGCUGAAACAUUAUGCCAAAAGCGUGCUCUAGAAGCAUUCCGGUUGGACCCUGAAAAGUGGGGAGUGAAUGUGCAGCCCCUGUCAGGAUCCCCUGCAAACUUUCAGGUUUACACUGCUUUGCUCAAACCACAUGAGAGAAUAAUGGCCCUCGAUCUUCCUCACGGAGGCCAUCUUUCUCAUGGUUAUCAGACUGACACAAAGAAGAUAUCUGCAGUGUCAAUUUUCUUCGAGACAAUGCCAUACAGGUUGAACGAAAGUACCGGGUACAUCGAUUAUGAUCAGAAUUCCAGAGCAUAUCCAAUGAAGAGCCUACAAUCGUUGUUUACGAUGACUAGUUUGAACUCUUCGGACUUGUUAGAAAAGAGUGCUGUACUCUUCAGGCCAAAACUAAUCGUUGCCGGUGCAAGUGCUUAUGCUCGCCUUUACGAUUAUGAACGCAUUCGUAAGGUCUGUGACAAGCAAAAAGCAAUACUAUUGGCUGACAUGGCGCAUAUCAGUGGAUUGGUUGCGGCCGGCGUCAUCCCAUCUCCCUUUGAAUAUGCGGACGUGGUGACGACCACAACCCACAAGUCGCUUCGUGGGCCCCGCGGAGCCAUGAUAUUUUUCAGGAAGGGCGUGAAGGAGAUCAACAAGCAAGGAAAAGAGGUGUUGUAUGACUAUGAGGAUAAGAUUAAUCAAGCCGUGUUUCCUGGUCUUCAAGGUGGACCCCACAAUCACACAAUCACUGGAUUGGCUGUUGCAUUAAAGCAGACAACUACACCAGAAUAUAAAGCUUAUCAAGAACAAGUCUUGAGCAAUAGUUCAAAGUUUGCCAAGACUUUGGCUGAGAAAGGAUACGAACUUGUUUCUGGUGGAACUGAGAACCAUUUAGUGCUGGUAAAUUUGAAAAACAAGGGUAUUGAUGGCUCUAGAGUGGAGAAAGUAUUGGAAUCUGUUCAUAUUGCGGCCAACAAGAACACUGUGCCCGGAGAUGUAUCUGCUAUGGUUCCUGGUGGCAUCAGAAUGGGAACCCCUGCUCUUACUUCCAGAGGAUUUAUAGAGGAGGAUUUCGUCAAAGUUGCCGAGUUCUUUGAUGCCGCUGUACAAUUGGCUAUGAAAAUCAAGGCUGAGACAAAAGGAACAAAGCUUAAGGACUUUAUGGCCACAAUGCAAAAUAGUGCUUCAUUCCAGUCUGAGAUUGCAAAACUUCGCCAUGAUGUGGAGGAGUACGCCAAGCAAUUCCCCACUAUCGGGUUCGAGAAAGAAACCAUGAAGUACAAGAGCUAAAUGAAAUAUCACUCUACAGGUCAGAGAUUGGAGAUGGACGAGGAGAAGGGAAUAAGAUGAUAAGGCAUGAGAACUGAUGAUGGAAAGUGAACGGAGAUGAGUUGUGGAAGUUGCAUCUUAUGCUCGACAGAAGUCCAGAUUUUUUGUUCUUAUGUUGGAGCCUUUAUUUGGAUGUACAAUAAGGACGAACUCAUGCUCAAUGUGAUACGCUGAAAAAACUUUUUUAUAUGAUUUGGUUGGUUUUAAACUAUAACUUGUGGGGUUUAGUUUUAGUAUCUUAUUUACUAAGGUUUCUCAAGUUAAAUGGCGUAGGUUUGUGAGAUCCUUAAGUUGAACCCCAUGCUUAAUGUGAGAUAGGAUUCUUUUCCCUGCUGAAUCAUUUUUGGGAGUUUUAUUGAUGAUGAUAAUUUUUGUGGAAAUAAAAGAGCCAAACACUCGAUGCCA